AUGCUUGAGGUUCUUAAAAGACAGGUAUUAACUGGUAGAUGCACAAACAGCGCCACUCGAGCACAUACAGUUGAGGAGCAAUUGUGCCGGUUAAGAUCUUCAGAACUAGCCACCUCUUCUUCAUCCAUCUCUAGCAAUUUAGCUGGCCUAAAGGACUUGUACGAAUCUGUUGAGGAUUUCCUUUCUACCCAUGACGGAAAAUGCCUACAAACAGUCUUGGACGGAUCUAUCAUGUUGUUGGAUGUUUGCAGCACUGUUACGGACGUUUUGUCUCAAAUGAAGGAAUCUGUCCAAGAUCUUCAGUCGUCCAUCCGUAGACGUUCAAAUGAAGUUGACACAUACAUUGCCUCCAGAAAGAAAGUUACCAAGGUGAUCCGAAAGUGCCUUGCAGAUCUUAAAAGAACUGCCAACAAAAAGAAUGACCUUGUAGCUGAUGUCAGUCUUCUAAAGGAAGUUGAAGCUACCACCCUAGCAGUUUUGGAAUCCAUAUUAUCAUUUGUGUCUGAACCAAAACAGAACAAGUCUAUGAUUUCUAAGUUGAUGCCCACCAAAGGUCUAGCAGUGAAUUUGGAGUAG